CUUAAACAUCUGUAACUCGUAAAGCAGAAGAACCAGCCACCAGGUUUAGGGCAACAUUCUUCACCCUUCAAGAGAGAGAAUCGAAUCACUGCAAAUCUAUGAAGCUCCCCCACUUCACGGGGAAGUACUCAUCUCUACACUCUUUGCUUUGAUUGAAAUCAUACUAUAUAUAAUACAUCAUUGUGUUUCUUCAAGAAAUGACUAUAUAUAUCUGCAAAAGUCUCAUCUCACUCUCUCUCAACAACACUUCACAACUCAACAAAACCCCAAUCUCUCUUUUCUCUCGCCUCUUCUUCUCUUCCUCUCCAGAAAGCCCCAUUCCGGUGGCCGAUUACUUGAUUGAUAGACACAAAUUUUCUGCUGAAACUGCUUCGAAAGUCUCUUCUGUCGUAAAGUAUCUGAAAAGGCCUGAAGAAACCGAUUCGAUUCUUUCAUUUCUCCAGGAAAGUGGUUUUGCGGAUACCCAUGUCGAGCUUCUCAUCAAACGCAUGCCUCAAGUUCUCUCUUCAAAUCUUGAGCGCUCCAUCAAACCCAAAUUCAAGUUUUUACAAGACUUGGGUAUUUCUUCUAGCGAUGUUGUGGAAGUUGUUUCGUCUCACCCACGGAUUCUAGCUAGUAGCGUUGAUCGGCUUGGCCUGUCAAUUUUAGCAUUGAAGAGUGUUUUGGGUUCAAAUAUGUAUGUGCCUAUGGUUUUAAAGAGAUCUGGGAGGCUUUUGGGGCACGAUUGGGCGAAAACUUUGAUACCCAAUAUUGAUUUUAUGAAGAGUUGUGGUAUUAGUUCUUCGCAAAUAACCCACUAUGUCUGUAAUUUCCCAAGAUUAUUCUUGUAUAAACCGACGAGUAUUAGAGAAUAUGUCAAGAGGGUUGAUGAGAUGGGUUUUGACAGGAACUCUAAGAUGUUUCUUCCUGCGAUUCGGGCUAUUAGUUCUAUGACUGUAGAGAAUUGGGAGUUGAAAUUGGAGGUCUUUAAGAGUUUGGGGUUUUCGGAAGAUGACAUUUUGUCAGUUUUUAGGAGACUACCUCAGGUAUUUGCUCUGUCAGAGAGGAAAAUUAAGGCAACAACACAGCUUUUACUUAGCACAGGCAAAUGUGAUAUCUCAUAUGUUGUUAAUCACCCAGCAUUACUUCUUUACAGUGUUGAAAAUAGGCUUAAACCACGGCUAAGAGUUAUUGAGGCUUUGGAAAGGAGGAAUUUGCUUCUUAAAAAGCCUUGUUUGACCACUCAAUUUAUCAUGAGUGAUAAGAAGUUCUUUGAGAAAUAUGUACUGCCUUAUUCCGAUGAAGUUGGUGAAUUAUUCGUGGUUAACAAGGCCUCAUUGACAGCAGAAAUAUCUGCUUAACAUCAAGACAUCCUUUGUGAUUCAGGCUGAGACUAAAUGUUUUUCCCAAAAAGCAAAUGAAUUGGCAGCAUAGCAUGGCAGGUAAGUAAGUACACUUCUGCACUAGAUAUUCUCAUGUUUUAUAAUUUUCAAUUUUCAUAUGGUGUAAUAUUUUACGUGUUUGGCAAUGAUUAUGUGCAAUGAUUAUGUAGUAUCUGCACGUAUAGCUGAUCUUGUUCUUCACAUAUAAUUUCUCAUUGUGCAUAAAUUUUGUUUAUCAUGUACAUUGGUACUUACAGUAGUCAUUCAUGUGCGGAUCUGCUAAUAUAGACAUGAUUGGAUCUUAUACUAGCAGUAUCCCGAAUGAAGUCGUCUGCACUCUGCAGCUGCUUCUUGCAAUAGUGAAUUUUGACUUAGAUUCACUGACUACUUAAUUGUCCUUUAGCAUAUCUGAUGGGGCAUAUGCAGUCCCUCUAUUCUCAAAGGGGCCUUCAGGCCCCAAGAGAAUUCUAAUUCCCAACCUCCAAGACGUGAUAUGUGAGUCUUUGCCAUUAGGGUAUCCCAUUUGUGGUUAUUUCCAUUAUAGCGAAACUCUUUCUCUAUUGUUGUGAUCUUUGUUCUGCAAUCCUUCUGAACUACAAAUGUCUUUGGGCAAUGAUGAAAAAGAUGGACAAAAGGGAUAACUUUCAUCAUAUAACCCAUUGUUAACUCAUGAUUUUGAAUCAAUUUGCUAAAUCCCAUGAUAUUGGUUCUUUCUCUUCUAGUGUUUUUCAUGUUACUUAAUACAUUUUAUAAUCGAAGGAAAAAACAAAAAAACCACCCUAAACUAAUUGAUUUUAUCCCCACUAAAUGUACCCGUGGACUAUAUGAUGUAUCAGACAUGCCAAACGAGUAAUCAUAACAUGAGUAAGACUAUCAAGAAAACCCUUUGGUGACAACUAUUAUGAAUUUUUCAUAUUGACCAUUGCAUUGGGAGAAUUGUUAAUACAUUUAGGGUGUGUUCGGCAGCAUGGAAUUGGAAUUGUUAGAAUUUGACAAAUUUUUGGUUUAAUUUUCUUAGUUGUUUUUCUCAAAUUCCUCAAUUCCAAUUCCAAAUCUCCAAUUCCAUGUAGCCGAACGCACUUUUUACAAAUUUUAAAUACUGUCUCAAUAGAGUGGAUAAUAAGUUUUUGAUAAAUUUGUAAUUUGAGAUGUUUUCCUAAGCUCUUUAUUAUAUGAAUAUUCUCACAUUUCUUUCUAGCUACAAGUAUGCUCAUUCAUUUUCGUUGAAGGAGGCAAUGCAAGUAGGGAUGGCAAUGGGGCGGGGCGGGGCGGGGAUUUCAUUCCCCAUCCCCAUCCCCGCUGAAUUUUUCAAUCCCCGUCCCCGCUCCCAUCCCCACUUAAAAUUUCACCACUACCCCCAUACCCGGCCCUGGCCACGGCCCCGCCCCCUUAUCCCUGGCCCCGGCCCCGAUUAACAUAUAUAUAUAUUUUAAAAAAACAUAAUUUUUCUCAUUUUCAUAUAUAAUACUAAAUCUAAUUUAGUAAUAAAUUAUUAUAUGUAAGGGUAUAUUAGUAAUUUCACACUUAAUCGGGGGCGGGGCAGGGCGGGUUUACCCAUUACCCGUCCCCCCCCCCCCCCCCCCCUCCGCCUCCGCUCCCGGCGGGUUUUCAAAAUUUACUCCCAUCCCCAUCACUGCUAUAAACGGGGCGGGGCGGGGACCCGGCGGGAAUUGGGAAUUUGCCAUCCCUAAAUGCAAGCUGCAAAGAAGUGUAUUUCUCCUUGCCAUCAGAUUGAAAAAACCAUUGAAAAUCAAUUCACGAUGAUGAUAUGCAAUAUUAUUCUAACAAAAGAUUGAAAAGAAUUGGCGUCAUUAACUUUUAGUCCCACUAGAACACAUAAUAAAUUCAAUUAUUGUGAAGUUCUAUUUUAGAACAAUAGUUUUCUUUUUUUCUUUCGUAAAUAGAACAUUAAUAGUUUAAUUAAUUCUUUAUAGGGUAAAGUGCAACAAACUCCUUUGAACUAUAUCUCAAUGAGCAAAAAACCCCCUUGAAUUUUUAAAGUAGCAUUAAACCCCCCUAGACUAUGCUGUUUAGUUGCACUUUACCCAAUCCGGCCACCGGCCGAUUAAUUUAUAGCCACUAUUUCUCUAAAUGACCAUAGAGCCCUUAUCAUAUGUAAAAGACCACAAUGACCUUUGAAGUUCAUAUUUCGCAUAUUUACGUUGCUGCCCUCCUUUCCAUUUUCUUUGUCCUCUUUUCAUCAAUUACAUCACCGCCGUUGAUUCUCUCCUCGGCCACCAUGUGUCUAACAAUGGCAACUGCUAUUUUUAAUGUUUUUUUUAUUUUGGAUACUGUUGUUGUUAUCCCACCCCUCAUAAUCUUCUACGAAUCAUCAUCCAUCCCACGGUCGGCGACAAUCGUCGAACAGGCUCAGUAUAGUUGGAGAGGUAUCAUAGCAGACGAAAUAUACACAUCGCCAUGGUGGCUGGAGCCAACACGGCCAAGGCGACAAGAGGAGCCCAAAAAUUGUCGUCGAUAGCACGGAGGCAUACAACAUCGGCAACCUAGAAGAAGAUGAUUUAGAGGUCCGCAAAACAAACUACCGUCGUCUGACUCGCGCCCACGCGCCACUGCAGGUAGAUCUAACCCGCUUUUCACUCGCGCACGCGUAACCUUCUUCUUCGUUGCCCUCUGCUGCAGCUUUAUUGCUGCACCUGUUCUCGGUUGCGCCUGUGUUGCCAAACCUUGGCGGCUCUUGUCCAUCAAUUAUUCUUUCAUGUUGCACAUCGUCGGCCUCAACUUCAUUGCCAACCAAUCCACAUGUCCGAACAAAGACUGACAGAUGGUCGUCUUUACGGCCAGACCUGGGGGUGAAUCUCCACCGCCGAUGCAAUCUCUAUUCACUGAAAGUAGGAAAUGGGUUUGAUGAAGCUCUGCACUUGGAGUACGCUGAAACUGCUAGGUCUCUUGGUGAAGCUCAUUGGUUUAGCGGCGGUGGUGUCAAUUAAAUUUCUGCUAUAUUGGUUUGGUGAUGGGUGGAGAAUUUUGCUAUGGAUUCUUAGGAAGAAGAUUGUUGGACUGAUUCAGAUUCUAUAUACAGAACUGUAUAUAUAUAUAUACAUUCGGAUUUUUGGGAAGAAGAUUUUUGGGAAGAAAAUCUGUCUAUAUAUAUGUAUUAUGUGUGUAUAUAUAUAUAUAUAUAUAUAUAUAAUUGCAAGAACAAUCUGAACUACAUAUCGAGAAAGAAUAACUUUUUGAUUUUUGGGGAAGAAAGGUUAAAACGACGUAGCCUUUGAUAAGGGUAAAUUGGUCUUUUUAUUUUUCUCGCAGCGGAAGGUGACGUGGUGGGGUAAAUUGCAAAAAAAUCAUAGUUCAGGGGAGUUUUUUUUUGUAGUUCAGGGGGGUUUAUUGCAAAACCCCAAUAGUUUGGGAGGGUUUAUUGCACUUUACCCUUCUUUAUAUAUUCUUCAAGUUUCUAACUUUAGAUUGAUACAAAAUGGUUUAUGAUUAUUUUGUUAGUCUAUACUAAGUGACCAAGCUGAUUUAAAGUGUUAAAAACAAUCAUAUGAUUCAAUAUAUAUAUAUAUAUAUAUAUAUAUAUAUAUAUAUAUAUAAUUAGUUUAACAAAAAAACUGAGAGCACAUGCAGUUGAGAUGUGCCAUGUUCAGAAGAAUUUCUGGCUAUUGAUAAAAAGGAAAAGCAGUGGUAGAGGGGAAAAGAAACUUGGCUACUGAUAAAAAGGGAAAACUGUGGAAGAGGGGAAAAUAGAGUUGGAAAAUUGUGAAAAGGAUGAAGAGGCUUUUGGAAGGCAUAAAUUAAAAUUUAGAAUGGAACAUGAUCAAACUGACCUCUCGUGCCCUCUCUUUCUCCUUUUUGUGCGAACGGUAAUAAGUUUUAAAACUUAAUUACUAACACGUGACCUUUCAAAGAUAAUUUAGUCAAAAAAAAAUAUCAAUAAUGUGUUUGAUGCUCUCACAAACUUCAAUUAAAACUUCACAGUUGAAGAUUCAUGUAGAGUCAGUUUUCGGCUAGAAUUUGGAGAAGCCUCAUCUUCUUCAGUUUUCGGCUGAAGAUUAUUUUUGUAGAUUUUUUUUUUUUUUUUUUUGGUUGACGAACAAAUAUGGUAGUCUAAGUGACAGCCACUUUGGCAUCCAUGUGGAGAAAUGAAAGAGAGACAAGCGGUUCAAAUUAUGGUCCAAUAAUACAGUGACACGUGGCAUUUGCUGAAGGUAACUGAAAAUCCAACACUUGUGUGGGGGCAGCAGUUGAUAAGUGUGUAAUAUUUCUGCUGACACUUGGAGGAAUACAGAAGUUCACAUGCGGCAAGAUUGUAUAGUACCGGAGGGCUAUAUAAUUCAGUCACAAAAAAUAUGUAUAAUCAGCCAUAAAGUAGGCCAAACAAGUCAUAAAUUCAAGGCUAAUGGUUAACAAAAUGGGCUGAAUUAGUUCAUACAACUAAGAAAGUGAGUUGGCAUAAACAUUAUCCUUACAUAUAUGAAUAACCAUUUUGCUAUAAAAUAGGAGGUGGGUUAGUGGACAUGUGGCUGACAACAGAACUGCCAGGUAGUUAGUGGCUGAUAUAACGGUCCAUUAAAUGGAUUUAUGGGACACUUGCUCAGCAUACAUGUCAGGCCCUAAAACAAUGGGAGUGGGUUGAGAAAUUGUUAAUAAUAAAUCAAGAUAUGAUUGACACUGGCAAAUGACGAAACUUUAAGUGGUUCCUAUAAUAUAUAGGAAAGUGGGCUAAGAAAUGCGCUGAAAAUGAAUUAUAUGUUGACACAUGUCACAUGCAAAUUACAAAGAGAAGCUUGGGAACGUGGGUUUGAAAGUUACAAGGUCAUGGGUAAAUGAUUUCACAAACCACCAAUUCAUGCGACACUUGGUAGAUGAACAAAUCCGCACAUCAUAAUCUGGAAGAUGCACAACUGACAGAACAUGGGCUGAAUCUUGGGACACAUGGCGUCACCAGACCAAAGCUGGAAGAAGUCAUGGAGAUCAUGGAUUUAGAAGUUAGUUUAUCAUAAUACAUAGGUCCUUUUUGUAAGGCUUGUAAAUUCUAUAAAUAGUCUACUCGAGACUACAUUUGAAAGCCCCUCUACGGCAUCAAACAAUUCAAUACUUGUUAUUUUAUUCCUGCAUUUUUCAAUACAAGUUUAUUUCAAGUU